ACAAAGACGCCACGCAGGCUCCCAACCGCUCGCGCGCGCACACACACAGACACCGAGAGCGAGAGAGAAGCCAUGGAGGGGGCUCCCGUGACCGCAGCCACCGGGGUCUUGGGGCCCGUAGUAGCGAAGCUGGGUGCUCUGCUGGGCAGCGGGUACAAGCUUCGGCACCGGACUCGCAAGGACGUCAACUUCAUCAAAUCCAAGCUCAAGUUGGUGCACUGCAUCCUUUGGGCGGUAUGGGAGAGGGAGGAUCUCGAUGCUGAAUCCAAGGUCUUGAAGAAGGAAGCGCUGGACCUCGCCAACGGUAUGCACGAUGCUGUCGACGACUUCAUCCUCACCAUGGAGUGCAGCCGCGGAAGCAAGCACCUGAUGAUACAGAGCAAGAUCAAAGCAAGCCCCUUCCAGGGUUUCAGGGCAGGAGUAGAUGAUGUGUCGGCCCGGUGCUGCAGCAAGUGGAAGUGGAAGAAAAACAAGUGUGCUCAACCCAUCUCGAGCUUAUUUUCAAGAAAGGACACCAAAUCCAGCGCCCCCGGCAAAACGCCUUCUCCUCGAGCUCCAUUCGUCCGCAAGGAUGCGGCGGAGCUGGUGGGAAUGGCCAGAUGGGGGGAUCACCUCAUCAAAUACCUGGUAGGAGGAGGAGGAGAAGAAGAAAAAGAGACCACAACGGUGCCGCCGCAGCUAAAAAUGGCAUCCAUUGUUGGAAUGGCCGGCGUGGGGAAAACAACCCUUGCCCACCUUGUGUACGAGGAUGAGAAGAUUAAAAGUACGGUUUUGCUAAAACUCAUUCGAAUGAGAAAUAGAUUGGUCUCAUUCACUUUUCCAACCGUUGGAUCCAGCUUCACCGCGAUUCGUGUUUGUCAUCGUGGAGAGCUUCGUAGCGACGUGUGCGCGCCCAUCUGGUGUUCGGCUCACGACCCGUCCCCCUUUUUUUGUCUUUGCAGUCCGGCCCUGACUGUUUUUGACGCAAAAGCCCAGGCCUGCCUAGAAUAGGAUCUGCUAGUUUUUUAUGAGCAAAUCUGUUGCUGACGGAGUGACUUCAAU